AUGGCGGUUAAGUUAGUUGUGGAAGGGUUUACCUUGAACAUUAUUAGUGCUUACGCGCCACAAGCGGGCUUGGACGAGGAGGAGAAGAGGCGCUUCUGGGAGGAUUUGGAUGAAGUGGUAGGAGGUAUACCGCUCACCGAGAAGUUAUUCAUAGGAGGAGAUUUCAAUGGACACAUCGGCUCAACCUCGGGGGGUUAUGAUGAAGAGCAUGGAGGUUUCGGCCUCGGAGUCAGGAAUGGAGGAGGAGUCUCACUUCUGGAUUUCGCUAAAGCCUUUGGAUUGGUAGUAGCCAACUCGCGUUUCCCGAAGAGGGAGCAUCACUUGGUAACCUUUCGUAGUUCGACGGCUGUGACACAGAUAGACUUUUUGCUCCUUAGAAAAGAGGAUAAAGGUCUUUGUAAAGAUUGCAAGGUCAUUCCGGGUGAGAACCUUACGACCCAACAUAAGCUUUUGGUGAUGGAUUAG